AUGUCGGGAAGAAGUCCAAAAACAAUUUUUACUGAUCAGGAUGCAGCAAUGGAAAAAGCUUUAUCAUUUGUGAUGCCUGGAACAUGUCAGUUGCUUUAUACAUGGCAUUUUAUGCAAAAUGCAGUGAAACAUCUCAGUGGUGUGUUAAGAGGUUCAGUUGAUCUAAAGACUAUGUUAGGUAAAUUCAUGGACUUUUACGAGGAAGAAGAUGAGUUUAUUAAAGCUUGGAAUGACAUGUUAUCCAAGUAUAAUUUUCAUGAAAACACUUGGUUACGUAGUAUGUUUGAAUUAAGAAGAAAAUGGGCGAACGCAUAUGUAAAAUGGGAGUGGUCUGUUGGCAUGAGGAGUACACAAGUUAGUGAAAGCUUUAACGUUUCGUUAAAAUGUUACUUGAAGUCCAAUCAUAAUUUGCCAGAGUUCUUUAAAUAUUUUGAGAGCAUUGUUAAAGACAAACGUCAUAAAAAGUUAGAAGCUGAGUAUGCAUUGUGCAAUAAGCUACCUAAAAGAAUGAUUAAGGCAAAGAUGUUAGUGCAAGCAGGAAGUAUCUAUACUAAAGCAAUAUUUGAAAAGUUCCAUAACCAAUUCGAAGAGCCAAUUGAGGCUUAUAUAAAUGGUUGCAUUGAGGAUGGUGGAUUUCAUAUGUACACAGUUCUAGUUGAAGAUCAAUCUAGAAAGCGUCAAGUAAAGAGGAGCUCCAAUGCUGAGGUUGAUAGAUUAUAUAAGGUGGCUCUAAACUAUGCACAAGAAUUGAGAAAAGUAGUUCAUAACAUUAGGAAAGUUGAAUUUAGUAGUGAUAAUCAUGAACAAGGUGAUUUGCACUCCUUCACUAAUUGGGAUACAAAUAAAGUUGGGCAUGGUAUGGAUAUAAAGAAUGAUAUAAAUGCCAAAGGUUUAAAGAGAAGGGAAUCAUCAAAGGGAAGGCGAAGAUUCAUAUCACCAAUUGAGAAGGCUCUACAAAAGAAGAGAAAGUCUUCAAAUCGAUAA